UUGAAGCUUUUAGUUAUGGAGCAUGUAAUUAUAAAAGUUAUGAAAUUCGUGGCAGAGAGGAUAUGGAUAUUGAUCAAACAUUUAUGGUUACAACAAAAUCUGACAUCAUGUCAUUUGGUUUAAUGUUUUAUUUUUUCCUUCAUUUUGAAAUUGAAUUUAAUGAAUUAAAUAUAUCAGAAUCUUACAAUAUAAUUGAUCAAAAUUUAAUUAAUUUCCAUCAAAGUAUUACUAAAAGUAGCAAUUAUUUAGACAGAGUUAUUAAGGCUUGCACUCAUUAUGAACCAACAGAACGUCCGUCAGCAUGGGCAAUAAUUAAUUUUAUUGAGAACAGAUGUCACGUAUUUGCUAGCGAAGAACAAGAAGAAUAUGAAAUUAUUUGCGAAGAAUUAGAAAAUUAA